AUGGCUACAUGUCAGCUCUCGACUUGUGAAAAUGCAACCGCUGACGGCAUCAGGUCUCACUUCGGCGGGCCGCCGGCGGACGGGAUGCGGCGAUUGGUCCUGGCAGAUCCACUGGACGGCUGCAAGCCGCUACGAAACGUUGAUGAUGCACGAUCGGCGGUGGUGAUCGCGACGAGAGGGAGCUGCACCUACACCAACAAGGCGAGGAACGCGCAAGAGGCCUCGGCGAGCGCACUCCUAGUCGUCAACAACGAACAGGGUCUGCUCCACCCGCCGGGCCCGGAUGGCAUGGACUUGGAAAUAUUCAGCGGGAUGAUCCCGCAGCCCGAAGGCCGAGCACUAAUCGAAGCUAUGAGCGGCAGCAGCGACCCCACUCAAGGCGCCCUGGUGCCCAUGAACUGCAACAAGAAGUCGGGCAUCGGGAGCAGCAACCAGCAGUGCCACGCCGCGGCUAAGGCCGACCGAGACAUUGUUGACGGUCUCACUCUGGGCGGGUUCGUUCAUCUGCCGGGUGGAGACAAGUUCGAGUACUUGCUCGCCGGGUUCGGCGUGAAGGUUCCUCUGGGAGAGCUCGAGAUGGGUGCCCCCCUGAACCCCUCCGGUGCAUGCGCACCGAUGCCCAAGGAGGCCGCCACCGCAGCUGUCGGCAAGGCCAUCGUCGCCACCCGCGGCGAGUGCAGCUUCAUCGAGAAGGCCGAAGCAAUGGGAGCCGGCCCGGGCGAGCGAGUCGGCGCGCUCAUCGUGAAAAACAGCGAGACUGCCCUCUUUCACAUGGGGGCCGCCCCAAGGUGGCGCGGGGCGAACAUCUCCCUGCCGAUCGUGCUCGUUACGGAUGUCGCUGGCCACGCGAUCUCCACCCUACCCCCGGACUCGACCAUACGCUUCGCCCCUUCCGAGCACGUCACGUUGGCCGCCUGGGACGAAAUCGAGCGGCUGAAGGAGGCGUCCGUCUGGCCCAAAGAAACUCAGGAACGCCAGACUCUGUACGAAACCCUCGUGACCCGGAAUGCAGGGUUUCCCGAUCGGGUCUCCGCGAUCCAGGGGGCGUUCUCGAGGGUGUGUAGUUGGGGCGAGGAGGGGGAAGGGAUUGCUGGGCAAGGGGGAGGUGAUGCUGAGAGGCGAGAGACUGGUGAUGCCGAUACAACAAGCGUCAAGCUUUGA